CGGCGCGGCGCGGAGCACAGCGGGGCGAUGUGGCAGUGGCGGUAUGUCAGCGGCCGGCAGCUGGAUGGCUUCCGCCAGUACAAGUACAAUGCUGUGGAUACAAAUCCUUUAUCUGUGUAUAUUAUGCAGCCCAUCUGGAACAAUAUUAUUAAGAUAGUGCCUUUGUGGAUCGCCCCCAAUGUGUUAACAUUCUCUGGAUUUGUCAUGAUUUUAGUAAAUUAUUUUCUAAUAUCUUCCUAUGACUGGGACUACACUGCCUCAGGUACCAGUCCUGGACUUGUUCCCACCUGGGUGUGGCUGUUCAGUGCUUUUACCACCUUUUGUGCUUAUGCUUUAGAUUCCAUAGAUGGGAAACAUGCUCGAAGGACUCAGUCUAGUACUCCUCUGGGAGAAUUAUUUGACCAUGGGCUGGAUAGCUGGGCUACCUCCAUUUUUGUGCUUUCUUUUUUUUCUGUCUGUUCCCGGGACAAUGGGAAGAGUGGAAUUUCUGUAUAUACAAUGUAUAUAUAUUUAAGCAUUGUCUUGUUUAACUUUAUGUGUUCACACUGGGAGAAAUACAACACAGGAGUUCUUUUCCUUCCUUGGGGAUACGACAUAAGCCAAGUGGUAUUAAUAGCAGCAUAUCUGCUCACAGGUUCUGUUGGUGUGGAAGUCUGGCACAAGCCUCUUCUCUUUGGUUUUUACAUUACAGACGCAUUAGUAAUCUUACUUAUAGGUUUCAGUUUAUUUCUUUCAUUUCCACAAACACUAUACAACAUUUACAGAGCACAUGUGAAGAAAACACUGAGGAAUAACUCAUUGUAUGAAGGACUCCUACCUCUUGUGUCACCUCUGUUGCUGUUCAUGCUUCUUACAGUCUGGGUGGCUUUAUCUCCAGUCGACAUAUUAGCAAAGCAACCAAGAUUGUUUUUAUGGAUGGUUGGGGUUGCUUUCUCAAACGUUAUUUGCAAGGUGAUCAUCUGCCAGAUGAGCAGCACCCAGCCGGAGCUUUUCCACUGGUUCCUUUUCCCGCUGGCACUGGUGGUCUAUUCAGCCAUCUCCGGGCUGCUGAGCUGGAUGGAAGAAGCCGUGCUCGCUGUGUUCACAGUGCUGGUCACGGCUGCCCAUGUGCACUAUGGGGUCUGUGUGGGGAGGCAGCUGAGUGAGCACUUGAACAUUUACAUCUUUUCCCUGAAGAAACGUGUCCAGGAGUGAACACCUGCACUACAAUCAGACUGUGAUACUUGACACGGAGAUUUGCAACUCUUCUGAUGUGAUACACAGUUGGAAUUAAUCUGAUUAAAAUAACCAAAGAACAGAUACAUCUGGGUAUCCGAACCACUGCGACAAUGAGCUAUGCAGCAAGAUGCUUCAUCUCAGAGGAAGGUUCCUGUCCAGCAGAGAAGUGUUUACCAAGUUCUUCUGCUGCUAAUAUUCUCUUCAGCAAUGUUGUGUUACUACCCUCUCUAGAGCUUUUGUCUUCCUCCUCCUUGCCACUGUGUCCAAAGUCCUGGAUAAAUCCAUGUCAGGUUCCAUGAGAUCCUUGAUGGUUUAUAACCAGCACUGUUUUUUCCCAGCCUAGUCACCAGUGGGACCCUGGCAAUGCAAAUCCCCCCUGGAUGUCCUUUCCACUCAGACAUCUGUUCCUGCUUCAUUUUCCAUAUUUAUUUUCUCACAACUCAUUUCUUCCAUACGACCUCCUGAAGGGCUUGCACACAUUCAGGCUUUCCCUCACCUCAGGUGAACGUGUGAAGAAAAGAGAAUGAGCUCAGAAAGCUAUGGGUGCAGUAAAGUGGUUUUAAAACCUAUGGGUUUUUUCUUCCUCAGCAUUAAGAUGAAUCUCAGCUGACCUGUAUCUGUCAGAAGUGCAGGCUCCUUACAGCAGCACCUGGCCUUCAUGCUUGUUUUCUGGGCAGUAACAAGCACAUUGUUGGCAUUUCAGUAGCUACAAGCAAUAUAACCCUACAAAGGUAACCAGCUGAGAAUAAAUUUGGCCAAAAAGCUUUAGAAGAGUCUCAUACUUCACUGCAAAACUAAUUAGUCAAACAUCAUCUAUGAAUGCAAAUACAAAGCAAAACGUUAUUUGCCUCUGUGUUUGAAACAAAUUCUUGUGGUUUUAGAUAAUGGGGGAAAAAAAAAGGCAAGAAAGGCUUUUUUUAAACAUUACAUGUUUACAUGCAGAUGCAAACCACUACGCUUCACUUAUAAUAUAUGUAGGUUUUCUGCGUGCCUUGGAGGAAGGAGGAAGAAUUUAAGUUUCAUCUCUUUUCAUUUGCUGCUGUAGCCAGAGGGACUUUGUGGCCUUGAAGCACUAAUGAAACAAUCUGCCCACUUUCCCCAAGGUAAGCGUUAGAUUACAUUUCUUGCACAGAGGGAUGUGAUUGAUGGACUGGCAUGUUUAUUAACUAGUUAACUAUCUCGCUUGCCAGAAGCUGGGUAGAAGAGUAGUUGUUGAGCUGCUGAGCCUGAAGUUCACCUUUUUCAGUUCUUAGACCAUUUCUUUGGCUUUACCACUUGCCUUAUCAUUUUCCCCCAAUUAAUGUACCCUUACAUCAGUGGCUCUUACUAAUAUUUUCAGCUGAGCACUGACUUGCCAUACCUCUGUACAAUUUCAUAGCUUUGUUCAAUUUUAAAUUGAACAGCUUCAGUUUAAGUUCCUACUGCCUGUUAGAGCAGUUGAUCUACCACAACAUCAAUUGGGCUGAUUUCCCAUGGCAGCCCUUAUGACAGGGGCCAGGGGACAGGCCUGCACAUCAGCUUCCCCUCUACACAAAGCAGAAAAUUCAAACCAACUCACAAGGGUUCUUAUGUUUGAAAACACACAUGUUCCACCUAGUAAAGGGCAUGCUCAGGGUCCCAUCCCCUACUACAGCCACAUAGUGCAGUCACAGUUCAAGCAGCUUAAAGCUCGAGUUAAUCAGAGGACACAGGUCACCCUGUUAAUGCUGAUUUGGAGAUUUUGCAGAGAGCCCUGCAGGGGCAGGAGGCUCUUGCACCCUCCAGCACCCCUGUGGUCCAGCUCCAGGGCUGGAACAAAGAGAGGGGUCUUCCGGCCUUCCUCCUCACAGUCGGAUGACCAUGCGUGAUGCUCAGGGAGUGUGGGGUUUCCACACUGGUGCUCCCUAUCUGCCCAAGGGCUCUUUUUCUUAGAGAAAGCCUGACAGCUGUUUAUUUAAUAGGCAGUUAAUUAAACUGUUUAUUAUAGGCAGUUCUGACUGUGUUUUAAGGGGAACAAGUUUAACAGAGACAUAUACCCAGCAAUCCGUUUGAUGAAGUCAAAUACUACAUCCAAUACCACCUAUGAUGCCCCAAAAAUCUCACCUAUUUCAGCAGUUUAUAUUUAACCCAUCCAUCAAAAGUAUCUGGAGGAAGUCCUGACUAGAAAAGAAUUAGAAUACAAUAAACAAAAAUACCUCUGGAUUGAAUGUGGUUGUUGUACUGGAGGCACUCUGUGAAUAGAGCUCCAUUUUCCCUCUGUCUUGCACUUAUUUAGGAAACAGUUGGAAAUAAGGUUUCCAGAAGCUGCACAAUCUGAUGCACUGUAAUGGAGUAUUUUGAAUAUAUUUCAUUAAAUGAAAUGAUAAAACUUGAACUGCCACAACUUGCCUGCAAUUGUACCUGUCUAAGGAGAAAUACAGUAUCACUUUCAAAGGAAAUUAAGCUCCAGCCAGCCUUCUCACAUUCUGUAUGAAGAUGUGGCAAAUAAAUAACUUUCCUUUCCCUUUUUGACACAACUUGUCAAUAUGAUCUCUAUAAAGACAAGUAUAAAAAGAGAGCAUGUAUUGCAGUGUAUAUAUUGAAUUGUUAGCCAUCUGAGAUGGUAACUGGUUCAAUGAAUGGGAAUAAAAAUGCUUUGUUCAUAGGGCAGCAUGGUCACAGAUUUAUUCUGCAGAGUUAGAUAAUGGUAUGUACAUGACCUAACAGUCGCAACAUUAUGGCAGAAAGUUUUCAACUAUUUGAAAGUAAAUAACUGGAAAGUAAGUAACUUUUUUAUGCUAGGGAUCAGCACUAGCCCAAAGACAUGCUUCCCCCCUUGUCUUGUACAAAGCAACCAAACUAGGGCUGUUCUCCCAGAUUUGAGCGCCUGGGUUGGAAAUGGGCUCUUUCCUGGCUUCACCCUUCAUCCUCUCCAUCAGAAACCUUCCGUAAGUGGUGAUGGGCAGUGUUCGGCCCCAGCCCCAGGGAUAGCUGAAGGCAGCAGAGGGGCCUAGGCUGAUCUUUGAGUAGUAGAGCACAACCAGGUAGCUUCAGUGACAGAAAGAGGUCCCGACCGUAGGCUCAAAGCCCUGGAGAUUUAGCAGCAACUACUUGCAGCAAUAUUGCUUCAUGCUUCAAAAGAGCUGUAAGAACUACAAUUAAGUUUGUCCCUUUUCUUCCAAAACCCUCAUCUUUGUCUCAAUCUACAACAAAAGUGACUUAUGCACUGCAUUGAAGAGUCAUCCCUGAAUGCUUGGCCAUUGCAUGAAAAGUCCAUUGGGAGCUUAAAUGUCCUUAUUACAGUUCUCUCCAUCUCCUGGAUGCUGCAAGUUUUGCUUUUGUAGUAUCAAAACUGAGACAAGAGAUUUAGUACUCAAAUCAGAAGGCAUUUACCAUAAAGAAGAAUUCUCUGUUUACAUGCACAGACAUUCUCAUUUUUGAUUUGCAGAAUGGGGUACAUUUGCUGAGCUGUUGGGGAAGCAAAUACUACCUACAUGCAUUGAAUACGUGAAUCUCUUUUCAAAGCAGUUGCCUUUUUCUUCCUGGUCCCAUAUGCAGUCACUAAUGAAGAAAAGAAUACGUAUUUAAAGCAGAAAAGUAUUAUUUUAGAAUGUUGUGAAUAGUCUCUAGAGCUAGACAGAUUUUAACAUAUAUUUUUUUAUUAAAUAUGUAAAAAGAUAAACGCAAGUUAUUCACAUAUUCAGACAAAAAUCUACUCUACCAUGCGACAAUCUGUGGAUAAUGUAAAACGACUGAUACAUCCAAAUAAGACUUUUUUUGUAUCUAUUAUGCCAUUACUUAUCUAUUUAUAAUUAAUACAUAUGUUUACAUUCCUUUCAGUUUACAUUUAAUAUAUAACCAAAGCUUUAUGGUGUGCUAUUUAGUAAAUGUAAUUACAAAUGCAUAUUAAAA